AUGGAUUCUCUCAGUGCAACAGGCGCCCAGCGGCAGAACGAUGAGGGCCUGCGUGAGCGUGUGCGGCCGUCGCAGCCCAUCGACGUGCACGCUGUCGACCAAGCGCUGGCCUCCGCAGGCUACGGCGUGACGGCCGACGUCAAGAAAAGCGACGACGAUAAGAAGACGUUUGGGAGGACACCCGAUGGAACCGUCUUUACUGUCCCUCUGACACACGACAUGGUCUCGCAGCUGCUGUCUCCAACCCAGCCAAAGAAUCUGUCCGAUGUGGUCGUGCUUGCCAUCCUCGCUUCGCACCUGUUGAUUUUUGCCUUCCUGGCGCCAGAGGUUAGAAUCCCCGUCUUCGCCGCGAUAUACAUGUUCUGGAGGACCUCUUAUAAUGGUGGGAUUGGUUGGCUACUCCAUAACCAGUCGCACCAUAAUACUCUGGUCAGAUGGGCUACCAAGUCCCAGAUUUUUGUGAACCCGUCGACGGGCAAGAACCCCCACCCGAGACUUUAUGAGCUCCUAAAAAGGGACAUGGAGACCAUGAUUCCCAAAGAUUACUCUUUCGAUAAUGCUCCACUAGAAUACAACACUUGGCUCGUCUUCCGUCGCGUUGUCGAUGUUAUUCUGAUGUGUGAUUUCACAUCGUACUGCCUCUUCGCUAUUGCUUGUGGCACCCGCCCAGAAAACGAGACCGCGCUGAUGACCGGCCUCCGGUGGGCGGCAGGCUGGGUUUUGGUUCUCUUCAACCUCUGGGUCAAGCUUGAUGCCCAUCGGGUCGUCAAGGAUUUCGCUUGGUACUGGGGUGAUUUCUUCUUUCUCAUUGACCAAGAACUCACUUUCGAUGGCGUCUUCGAAAUGGCUCCACACCCCAUGUAUUCUGUAGGAUAUGCUGGUUAUUAUGGAAUCUCGUUGAUGGCCGCCAGCUAUAAAGUGCUUUUCAUCUCAAUCGUCGCCCAUGCAGCUCAGUUCGCCUUUCUGGUCUUUGUGGAGAAUCCACACAUCGACCGCAUCUAUAAUCCGCCAGCACCCCGUAAGCGUUCAGUUCAACUAGACAACAGCAGCAUUGCUCUCAACUCGCAGACUUCCCCAAUAAGCGACUCGUUCCCUGCUCCAGCUUCCAUCGGAAUUGACGACAAAGCCGCAACGCAACAACCUUCAUCAGUACAUAAUCUGCUCGGACUACAUAAUCUGGAUUUCCACAGAGUAACAGACUCCUCCGUCAUCCUUGUCCAGUUGCUUGUUUUAGCCAUAACAUCUCUUACCCCAUCUACUCCCACUUAUCAAUAUCUAUUCGUGGCCAACGCUGCGCUAUGGAGGUGCUGGUAUUCUAUAGGCAUGGGAUACAUCCUUCAUCGACAGUCAAAAUUUAAGUCUUGGACCCGCCAUUUUGUCAAGUAUGGCGAGAAUACAGAUGAGGCAUGGCGCCAGUGGAAAGGCUCUUAUCAUCUCAGCAUGACCAUGUGUUAUGCCAGCUUCAUUGCCGCCACUUGGAAAAUGUACAGCGUCCCUUCGGAUUGGAACCAUGGCCUGGCGUUGCUCAAACACACACUAGGCAUAAGCUUAAUCGUAUUGCAAGUGUGGACCUCGGUGAGCAUAUACGAUUCCCUAGGCGAAUUCGGAUGGUUCUUUGGAGAUUUCUUCUUUGAUGCCAAAUCCAAAUUGACCUACAGUGGUAUCUACCGCUUCCUUAACAAUCCCGAGCGUGUCCUCGGGCUUGCUGGCUUAUGGGGUGCUGCUUUGAUCACUAGCAAGGGUGCCAUUAUCUUUCUCGCGCUGCUGAGUCAUGUCCUGACACUUGCAUUCAUUCAAAUGGUGGAGCGACCUCAUAUGCAGAAGCUGUACGGGAGAAGCUUGCGACAGGAUGCAGGCCUGGUAAAGAGUUUAAAACGAUCUCUACCUCCUCCACUACAGCAAUUAGGAGGCAGCGUUGACCGUAUGAUGGACGAGUCAUUUGAAUUUGUUGAGGAACUCCUAGACUCUGCGAGACCAAAAUUAGCCACUGGUGUGAACACUUUUAUGAAAGACGCCAAGUCCCUGUUCCGUCAGUAUCCCGCGCGAAUCACCAUUUCCCGCCUGGACGAUGAAGUUGCAGCCGGCUAUGAUCUAGAGGACUACUCGCUGGAAAUCGAAGGCACCGAGUCCUCGCCCUCGGCACAGGUGGAGCGUAGUAGCGGUAAAGAGGGAGCUCAUGCCAGAGCACCGCCGGAACGACGAGGUGAUCUCAAAAACCUGAUCUUUGAAUAUGGCGCCCCAAUCAAAGUCAAAUGGACUGCGUCCCUGAACCACAGCAAGAAGGACUGGAUUGGCCUGUACAUGGUCACCGACAACACCCGCCGAGAAGUCACACGCAUUUCAUCUCAGGGAAGAUGGAUCGCCACCAACGAAGGAUCCUACGACAGCCUCACAUGCGAAAAGGGCCUUGUAAGCAGUGACAUUGUCAUCUCCGCCUCCCGGCGCAGCGACGGCGUGAACCGGGAUCUGGCGUCUGGCGAAAUGGUUUUUUCAGGCGACAAACUAUUCUGGACCCAAGGCGUCUUUGAGUUUCGCUAUCACCACAAUGGCAAGCACAAUGUCAUGGCCAUAUCGCGGCCCUUUGAGAUCCGAAUCGGUCGUUUUGAUGAAGAAGAAGUCGUCGAUGUCGAUAAAACCAGCGCUAAUAGCGAUGCCCUGAUACAGUCUGCCAUUGAACAGGCCCUCUUACCUGUUGCCCGCAACUGCUUCGAUCGCGAUCCUGAGAUUGCGCCUGAAACGUACGAUGAGCAUUUUGGCAGUCUGGUCGAUCGCGACGGGAAGUAUGCGAAGCGGGUGGUUUUUGCUGUUCAUCAGAUGUUCGGCGUUGAGCUCGCCCCAGAAGUUGUCCGCGCAGACGGCAAUGUGCGAAACAUGGCAUGGAGGAUUUGCAAUGCAAAGAAGGUUUUGGCUCCCUACAGCAUGUCCAGAUCAAGGGGGACAAGUACUCCGACAACUCAAGAAGAACAGGAUUCUUGA